AUGGAGAAAAUCUUCAUCCUUGGUGGCAGAGAACAGAGCAAAUAUGAAGUUCUAAUUCCAUCAUCUUCUUCUGAUUUCAUCCAAAAAUUAACCCAAAUCAAGUUUCUUUUGGGUUUAAAGUCGUCCCACCGGAUACCUGCAUCUGGAUAUGUGGGCGGUGACAGGUGGUGGUGGGGACUGCCCACCACAGCAACGGCGGCGAGUAGUGGUAGCACAGCAGCUUCGUUGCUUCCGUCUUCCCAAUACAACGGUGAUCGAAGAGGAAAAAAGGAGCAAGGAUUGGGGUUUGUUUGGGGUUGCUCAGAUCAACAGAAAAUAAAAAGAGAUGGGGUGAGGCUGGAAUGGUUCUAUGGUGGGCGGAGAUGUAGCGGUUCACGGUGGAGUUUGGUGGUAGAAUGGAGGCUAGCAGGUGGUGCGGUGGCUAUCUCCAGAUUGCCGAAGGUAGCAGCCCCUUCUUGUUCGUUGAAAUCGGGAACGAAAGAAAGAAAUGGAGUUAUGUCGGAAUUUGAAGCGACAUAUAGUAAACUCUUCGAUGAGCUUGAAGCAGAGUUAGCACAAAAGGGUAAAGCUUUUUUCAACGACGCCGGUGAACAAGCAGCCUUCCGAUUUCUUGGUCGGGCGUAUUUGGAAACCAACCCGGAAGUUAAUCGGCUCCUGGGUUUUAUUCAAUCUCGUACCUAUGCUCUGCCUUGGACUUCCAUGGAUCAUAGAGGAACCUCUCCUUCAUGA